AUGGCAACUUGGAGAGCCUUAAUGUCACCUUCUAGGAAUGUGUCUCUAUAAGAAUCUAAUUAGAAAUCUAUCGACAAUAGGAUUCACACUUAACUUAAGGGGAGACAUGCUAAAACUAUCACAUAGAGUACUAAUAUUUCACAUCAGAAACCGACGACAAAAAGAUUGCACUCUUAAUCGAUAGAUAUCGAUAAAGCAUUUAUACAAUCAUCAUCUGAUAAUUUGUUGGAAGAAAUUAAUGUAAUAGAUGAAUAAUCUCAUUUGGGUGAGAUAAAGGAACUGUUGAUGAUGAAUUAAAUUUAAUUACAAAAUCUAAAUGAGGAAAUUGAUAAAUUUGAUUAUAAUUAAAGACAAAUUAAAGCAUUAUAAAAAUAAAUUUUGUUUUAGAGAAGGAAGUAUAAUUUAUUAAUAAAUUCGUAAAUGAAUGAUUGCAAUAAGAAGUUGUAAUAGAUUUAAUGGAAAUUACAACCAAAUUGUUGA